CUUUUCUUUUUGACUGAGAUACUGCCAUGACCACACUAGUCGUCUACUUGUUUGUGAUGAUAAUGGUCGACGAAGACAUCGAAGCACUUUACAACGUUGCCAGAUUCAAACCUGCGGUUCAGUGCAACAAUUUAGGAGAGUAUUACGCCUACUUGGGGGUUGAUGGGAACUACGACCCCAACGCAUUCAACAAUCACUGUCAACACACCUACGAGUUCUACAAUCCAUGGUGGAUGGUUGACUUAUGUGGCCAGUUUGUUAUAGAGAAAAUACAACUUACAAACAGACAAGAUGUGUAUCUAGGGAAACAGACGGCUUAUCGUUUAAGAAACUUUUUCAUUGAAAUCUUUCCAAAAGACCCAAGACAAUACGCUAACUUUACGAACGUUUAUGGCCAAGUCUGCUACCAACAAGUUGAGCCACUAGGUCCUGCUACGUUUAAUUUUACAUGUCCUUCACCCAUUGUGGGGAGAUAUGUACGAAUUGUUAUGAGAAAUAACGUUAGCGAAGUCUUACAUACCUGUGAAAUGGAGGUUCUCGUGAGUAGCGCCAGCCAAGAAGAAAUCUACUUUAAGAAACAAAAGAACACAAAACUGCUUGACACACCCUUUGCUACUCUGACCAAUAGUGACUACUUCCGUUGUCUUCAGAAAUGUCUGCAGCGUAAAUACACGGACUACUGUACGGCCUUCAACUGGGUCACCUCGACAAGGUCAUGUCAACUUUUCAGUGUUAACCCUGUGUUAGCCCUGAACCUAACUUCUGCUGUUGGAACGCAUUUUUACAUUCAGAGCCAAAAAUGA